AUGGAGGGCAGCCCGACGCAGCUCUGUGGGGGUCAGGGGCCCGAGGAGGCGGGGGACAGCCAGGCCGUGGCCCAGCUGCAGGAGCUGGCCCUGAGGUGGUUCAUGGAGACGCAGGCCCCCCUCAUUCUGCACCACGGAGCCCUGCCCCCCUGGUUUCACGGAUUCAUCACCCGCAAGGAGGCCGAGCAGCUGCUCGGGGACAAAGCUCUUGGCUCCUUCCUCAUCCGCCUCAGUGACCGGGCCACCGGCUACAUCUUGUCCUACAGGGGCAGCGACCGAUGCCGGCAUUUCGUCAUCACCCAGCUCCGAAACCGGCGCUACCUGGUCUCCGGGGACACCCAGAGCCACGGCAGCCUGGCCGAGCUCGUGCGCUACUACCAGGCGGUGCAGCUGGAGCCCUUCGGGGAGACCCUGGCUGCCGCCUGCCCCCGGCCGGAGGACGGCGAUCUCUACGACGCCAUCACUCGGGGCCUCCGGCAGACCAACCUGGGCCUGGAGGAGCCGCCUGCCACAGCGCCCCCCGCGGGGGCCCCAGACAAGGCCGGCAGCCCCCGCCCCCCUCCGAAGCCCCAGGUCUCCUUCCUGCACAUGAAGGGGAGGAGCCAGGACGGGAGCCCCGGGAACCUGUCUGAGGAGCAGAGUGUGGAGCCCCCCACCGGGAUGCUGCCCCUCCCCGAGAGGGGUGCCUCCCAUCUGGACCAGUCUCCUGGCGGCCCCAACAUUGUAUAUGCAAAACCGAGGAAGAAGCAGCAGGCACCGCCAGACCCAGGCACAGAGGUGUCUGGCAGGCACGGGCCACUUCCAGCUGGCAGCCAGGCCGGCAUCCCUGGCAAGGGGGCCCUGAGCAGACUCUCAGAUGGAAGCCAGGACAGGCCUGACAGCCCAGGGCCGGCCCUCUCCGGGGGCAGCCCAGACCAGGGCUUGACCGUCUCUCCGACUUCCUGGGGCCUCCUCCUGGCCCCGUGUUCUGAGGCCGGAGGACCCUCAGCUGCCCCCCGGAGUCCAGGGUCCCUGAGGCCCAGCCAUAGCGCCCAGCCCCGCUCCCCAGACAGCACUGAGGACACCUAUGCGCUGCUCCUGCAGGAGCCCAACGAUGUGCAGGGCCAAGGCGGCAGCACCUACGAGGAGGUCCCGGUCUGCUGGGGCGGCCCUGCCAGACUCCUGCUUCCUCGGGCUGCUCUCCCCCGAGGCAGGCUGUCGGGGUCGUCCACAGACUGUGCCUACGCCAGCGUCAAAGGGGCCCGGGGGCUCCCAGAGCCUGGUGACACCCACCCACACACCCCAGCAGCCAAGAGCAAGGAGCCUGGACAGACACAGAAGCCUGACAGGUUCCGGAGGCUGUUCUUUGCGGACAAGAAGCCCAGACCCUGACGGCCUGGCUUCCAGCAGCUCACACCGCGGGUCUCCCGGUGCCCGGCCUUGCAGGGGUCCCUGAGAGGCCCUGACUCACCCGAAGGCACCCCUCAGACACCCCCAGCCUGGGCCGGAAGCAGGCUCAGAGACACAGCGGGAGGGGCCUCCCACCCAGCCGGCCAGAGGAGGAGGACUCACACUCCUCCCCUGAGACCCAGGCCGACAGGCGGCCCCGGCUUCCCAGGAGGCUCAGGGCACAGGGCGCUUGGCCUGGCAGGGCGGUGGUCCCUCAGGUCGGGUGGCUCUGCCUGGACCCCCCUCCCCUGGGACCCUUUGUUCUGUCCCACCCACUUCCCCGCCUCCCUGAGGGUGACCCUCAGCCGGCUGCUCCUGCCCACUGCCCCAGACACGGGAGGCGGAAGACACACUGACCAGCCGCCUGGUGACCUCCCCGCCCAUCCUGGGCAGAGCACGGUCGCUCCACACUCGUGGGAACUGUCCCCUGGGUGGCCUCGGCGCCGCGCAGCCCCUCCCGCUGAGAAACGGGUGCCUCCCGGGGGCGCUGUCAGGACCGAGCGUGGCCACCAGCCUGCGCCCAGCACGCGCUGAGCCCCACACGCAGUCACCGGAAGGACGACCAUCACGGAGGAAGCGCGCACAUCUCUCACGCGACGUCCGUCCUGCGCGGGGCUCCCUCGAGGACUUGGGCACAG